GCUUUGUGUGCAUCUCCUGGACAAGACCAGUGAAUUUUGGCUCCCAUUUUGUUUAGAUCCGUUGAAUCAUCUUUCCAACCCCAGAAAACAUCGUACUUUUUUUUGUCCCGUCUCCCUAAGACACUUUAUUCACCACGCUGAGACUCAAUAUAGCUUUCUUUUAACCCUUCUCAAGCAUAGUUUGUGCUGCAUAUCGCUUUUUGUGUCCCCUCCGAACACAACUCUAAAACCAGACAUCUGUGUGCCUCUUAUAUUGGCUCUCCUGCUCUCAGUUUAAACACUACAUUAAAAGUUUUUGUCCAAGAUGCCCAGAUUUUUGGCACUUCUCGGGACGGUGUUCCAGAUCGCCGCCCUCGUCUUCCUUAUCCUUGCAACGCUUUCGUCUCCGGUCACAAGAACGUUUAGCCUUGCUAAUGACAGUCAAUUCACCUACGGUGUUUUCGGCUACUGCUCCGUCGCUACUUCGACCAAUGCUGUUUCCUGCUCCAAGGCAGCAGCCUCGUACCGGCCGUCUCAAUUGGGGACGACUUCUGACUGGCUCUUCAAGUCGGGGGCAAGAGACACCUUGGCCAAGAUGUUAAUUGUUACCCCAAUCGCUGCUGGUAUGACCUUAUUUUCCAUGUUAUGGAACACUAUUUGUGUGUUUUCUGGUGCCACCAAGGGUUCCGGGGCCUGGAUUGUUGGUCUCAUCCUUGCUGUUCUCGUUACUGUUUCGACCAUCUUUGCCACCCUCGUCGUGGUAUUUUUGUUCCAUCCUCAUUUGACCUGGAGUGGCUGGAUUUUAAUCGGAUGCUCCGUGUUGAACAUACUAGCCAUUAUUAUCUUUGCCUUGUUUGCGUUCCCCCGUGAAGACGACAACGACAACGAGUCACUCGGAGACUUGACUCCACUUGGAAAGACAGAACCGGACUAUGUGUUUUCCUCUGGCCCUGAUACCGGCUAUCAGGCUAAUAACUUCCCGCCGCCAAAGCCAUACCUGCCACUCUCGGGUGAGGCCAAGGAGGAUGCAUACGACGUUGACACCUCUAGGAUGGACACCAACUCGACGUACGUUUCAAACAAAUCUGUAGGUGGCAGCCAACAUGCCGAAAAACCGGCCGUUCCAGCCACCGCCAGCGUCGAUCACAGCGCCUACUCUCAGAGCGAAGCCCAGUUUGGGUUUUUGAACCACCCUGACCCACCUCUGCAGCCACCGGUUUCCAGAGGCUUAGACCAGUUCGGCGACUACAACGCGAUUGGCACACCGACAAACGCAGUGGGUCUGUUUGAAGACGAGGAAAGAGAUCAUAGAUUGCCAAUCACCUCGCACACCACCGACUCUACUGAUUCUGACUUUACCAGCAUCUCACAGCGUGCCAUUAACCCGCGCUACUACCGUGGUGGUCAGCAGGCUCCUCCUCAAAUCCUCGAGCGGCCUGCCUAUGGCUAUCAGCCUCAACUGGCACCACCGCCAAAUUUCCAGCAAGGCUAUGGUCCUCCCCAGUCGCAGCAGUACUCGCGUACACAGCAGCAGUCACCGAGACACAAACAGCCGACAAUCUCCGACGUUGUUCUUAACAACAACCCAGACUUCAACAUCGGCGGUGUUACAGGGCGCAAGUCCAAACCGGCCCCUUUACUGCACCCUCAGAACAGGCAAAGGAUGCGGGAUAGCAUUCCUGCCGCUUCCGCAAUUUCAGACGGGCCGUACCGUUCGUUCAAUUAGGCUCUAACGCUGUCUAGAUUUCAACGUAGACUUUGGGGGGGAUUCUGUUACUUUAUUUUUAUUUUCACGAGGCUCUGUGGAGUUUUUUUUUUCCUGCUUUUCUUUUUCUUUGUAUCAUACUUUCGCCGUCUGAUAGACUUCAUCUUCGGUCUGUUCUAUACACUCUUGGUUUAAUGUGAAUUAGGAUCUAUCUCAAUGCUAACGUAACUUAUGCUAGGACCUGGGGAAAGUUUUCCGGGUUCACAUGAAUAAGGAAGGAUGAAUGGUCCUGAAAUGGUUAACGUUUCGGGGUCCUGGCGACGGAGAAUGCUGCGCGCUCCACUUAACAUUGCCUGGAGUUGUAAUAUCCUGGCCAAAGAUCUCCGUCGGGACUCACU